ACGUGGGAGAUCCGGGACUACUCGGUCGCUUAGAGCAAGUAGUGUAGAGCUGAUGGGCAGAGAUGCCAAAUACCAACCAGCAGAUUUGCCGUUACCAGUUAAUGUCACGUCCCACCUAGAGUGGGAACGCCAUACCGAAUGACGACCGACAAGCACUAGAUUUUAUGACAACUCGCUUUUCGGCGGCAAUGCAUUUCUAUUUUAUUCAUUUUCCUCUCUCAUUUUGCUACCGUCCUGAUCAUUCAGCUAUCCCGAGGACCGGCUGGCCGACUCGAAAUUUUAUGUUUAGUCGCUAAUUUGCUCGCCCCCCCAAGCUGACGGUGAGACGCGACCAAGAGUCUGACAGCUCUCGCGGCUGAUCUAUUCUUCACAUUGGACCAUUAACAGCGGCCACGGCAACUUGAAUAAAGCAAGCAGAAGAGGGCGCUACUAGCAAGAUGGUGUCCUCAAUCCUCUUAGUUACCGGCGCAGUUGUCGCCUGGUGGGCAUUCAAGAUUAUCAAUGGCCUCCGGACCAAUAUCGCUCGUGCGAAGUCCACCGGUCUCCCGUAUCAUGUUGUUCCUGUAAAUCCUAUCAACAAUAUAGCUCAAAUAUUCGCUUUCAUUUGGGUUCCGCUAUGGAAGUUCCUCGUCCCAAAGAAAUACUGGGAAGACAUUGCCGAGGUGUGCGAACAUAAUUGGCAGUUCAAGAAACGGUUUGCGCCGUUCGCCAAAAUGGGUGACAAUAUUCUUAUCGUCACUCCAUUUACCCUGACAAUGCAUACAGCCAGUCCCGAGAUUAUCGCCGACAUCACAUCAAGACGUGAAGAUUUCCCCAAGCCCCUGGAGCAUUACGCAAUUCUUAGCAUGUUCGGCCGCAACAUCGUGACAACGGAGGGCGCUCUAUGGCGUAUGCAUAGAAAGGUUACCUCGCCAUCAUUUAAUGAGAAAAACUCGGCUUUGGUGUUUAGAGAUGCCAUCGGGCAAGCGCAAGGUAUGACCGACCAUUGGUUGCGGACCCAGAAGGAUGGAAGCUUCCAGACUGUCGAGCACGACACAAUGUCGAUGGCUCUCAACAUCAUCAGCUAUGUUGGUUUCGGGUUGCGUUUAGUUUGGCCAGGUCAACCGUUGCCAGUGAAUGCCGAUUCGAAAAUGGCCCGAUACGCGAGCUUUGAACCUCCCGAGGGCCAUUCCUUGACUUUUGCUGAGUCCAUUGGGGGCCUUUUACACCAUUUGCUGGUGCUAUUAUUAACACCUUCCAUCAUCCUGAACAACCACCCGUCCAAGAUGUUCAAAGAAGCAAAGAUAGCUAAGGAAAAUUAUGAAUUAUACAUGAAGGAAUUCCUUCAGCAAAAAGUGAAAGAUGUCCGCCGAGGAGACCGAGACGUAGGCAUGGAUAUCAUGGGGUCACUAGUCGCAACUUCAUACCAAGACAAGCAGGACGGAAAUAAAGCAGGAAUCCAGCUGGACGACUCGGAGAUCAUCGGGAAUGCGUUCAUCAUGUUCUUGGCGGGCCAUGAGACCACAGCCAACGUGAUGCAUUUCACGAUGCUGGAGCUUGCGAACAACCCCGCAGCGCAGCGGCGUCUACAACAGGAUAUUGAUGCGAUUUUGGGGCGCAAUACGGACCCAGCCACGUGGAACUACGAAGAAAAGGUUGGCGCCAUGCAGGCGUCCAUGAUAGGCGCUGUCAUGAACGAGACACUGCGCGUCAUGCCGCCUGUUGUGGAAGUACCGAAGAAGACGCCACCUACGAAGGAGCAGACGAUUACGAUUGAUGGCGUCAGGCGCGCACUGCCACCUAAUACCUAUCUCGGCCUUUGCGUGGUGGCUUGCCAACGUAACCCGCGUGCCUGGCCCGGCCGACCUAGCAAAAUCACGGGUGCGCCGGACGAUCUCGACGACUGGGUGCCGGAGCGAUGGUUCCGCCCGAGCAUCGGCGGGGACGAGAAACAGAGUUCGGGCGAACCCGAAACGGAGGACUUUGGCGGAUACGCCGGCCCGGACACGAGCGCCUCGAUGUUCCGGCCAGUGCGCGGCUCGUUCAUCCCAUUCUCCGAAGGACCGCGGGCGUGUCUCGGCCGACGCCUCGCCAUUGUCGAAGUCCUCGGGGCGGUUGCCGCCAUCUUCCAAAAGUACAGCAUCGAGAACGCAGUCGAGGAUUGGGCGUCUGACGAAGAGGUCGCGCGCAUGAACCAGAGCCAGAAAGAUGCGUUGUAUAGGAAGGCUGUAAAGAGGUCUAGGGACGUCAUCGCUUCGAGCGAGGCACGCAUCACGCUCAAGCUGCACAACGGAGCUCGCAUUCCUCUAAGGUUGGUCAAGAGGGGCGAGGAGAGGUUCGUGAACUGGUAUGAGGAGUGAUGGGGAGGCUGAUCUGAAUUUUGGAUAUAUAUAUAUACUUAUAUAUUAUAUACGGGUGAUGGAUAUAGUCAUGUUUUUUUCUCCCCUCCCAGC